AUGUUGCAGUAUUCCGCUCAACCGAUUCCUCUUCCUCUUCCCUACAAACAGAAUCGUACUAAAGAUAUUCCCCAUAAUGACUACCCACAUGCACAUUCUCGUCUUUUCAACAGGCGUUUCGCUAAAGAACAAAUUCGCAAGCAACCUUCUUCCGUUCUGACUCCACCUGUUUUACCAAUUUCUAUUCCAUCCCCAAUUUCUAUUCCAUCCCCAAUCUCUAUUGCAUCCCCACCUUUACCACCAAGCCCAAUUCUUCCAUCAGUAUCAUCUCUCAUAGAAGAUGUCCUAGCUCCAGGCGACCUCGUAGGCGAGGACUUACUUCUGCAGGGCGAUCCAGUUCGUCCUUGCAUCCUCGCUCCAAUAGAUAUGAACACUGCAAAAGAAUUCCAAGUCAUUCGUAGACUGGGAACAGGCAGCUAUGCAGUCGUCUAUCUCGUCCGUGAAGUCAUCUCCCGUAUGCCCAUCAGCGACGACGGCCACGUUGGCGUCCUCGAUCUCGAUCCAACCCCUCCACCUAUCGUUUAUGGCAGAGAUUUUGCUCUUAAAGUCCUCUCAAAGGCAAACCUCGACUCCGACGCUCUCACAGCACAGCUCACAGAAGUCACAAUACAUCAAUCCCUCUCUCCGCAUCCGAACAUUGUCACACUUCACCGUACACUCGAGACUGACGCUUUUCUACUCCUUGUCUUGGAGUUUGUCCCCGGCGAAGAUCUCUUUUAUUUUCUCGAGCAAGCACGCGAUCACUAUGCCCCAGACGAGAACACAGAGAGCAAGACUCCUCCUACCCCUUCUCUUCUCGCCUCUCUUCACCCCUCUGCGUUACUAAGCCACACCCGCCUCAGACUCAUCGCAAGCAUGUUUGCCCAAAUGUGCGAUGCAGUCGCCGCAUGUCAUGACCAGCGUGUCUUUCACCGCGAUAUCAAGCCAGAAAACUUUAUCGUCACAGACGGCUACGCACCUUCUUCCUCUUCAGACAGCAUGGAGCGCAAAGUCCUAGUCAAACUCACGGACUUUGGCCUGAGCACAAACGAGGUGGAAAGUGCCGACAUGGACUGUGGGAGCGCGCCCUACAUGAGCUUCGAGUGCCGUAAUAACGUAGCUCCGACCUACAGCCCCGAGAGAAGCGACGUCUGGAGUCUUGGGAUCGUCUUGAUCAAUAUGUUGUACCACUAUAAUCCAUGGACAGACACCUCUGACGGUGCCUGUUCCUCUUUUUCUCUUUUCCGUGCACACGGCGCCCACUUUUUCAUGCAGCGCUUUACCGGCAUGACCUGGCCCGUCGCCGAGUUCCUCACCCAGCGCGUAUUCGUCCUACCCCCAUUUGACGCUAGCCACAUGCCCGUCACUGCCCGCCAAUUCGGUGCAUGGAUCAAGGAUCUCCCUACCCUCCUGUGCGAUCGUGAGCCCUCCCACAGAGGCCACAAGCGCGUCCUCAGCACAGCCUCAUCAACACACGGCCACCCCCUCUCCUCAUGCCCGCCCUCUCGCCGCCCCUCGUCCCGCGCAGCACUGCGCACCCCACUCGUAUGCAGCAGGUCAUUGAGCAGAGCUCCAAGUGUCGGUGGUGUCCUCGUCGAAGAACCCGAAGACCUCUCUCGUGAGCGCCAAGACGAGCACAACGAAGACGACGACGGACGGUCACGAUCGACGAAGAAACGGGGAAAGCGCGGGUCGCGAAAAGCAUUGCAGAAAACGACAACGGAUGAGACACUCCAGACGCUUGCUGUCGCUUCGCAGAGCUUGGCACGGGAAAUCAGUCUUGCAAGUCGGGGUGCAAGCCGCUCGUCGCUUGGUAUCGUUGAUUUGGACAGGAAUGCGAGCCAUGCUUCGAGCCUUGCGAGGCUUCCUACUGUGGAGACGGAAGCACCGAGGCCUGUGGUCGUGAAGAAGCCAAGCAAGUGGAAGUUGGGUUUCGGGAGCGGCAAGACUAUUGUUACACCCACGGAAGAGACACCGGCGCCAGGCACCGCGAGCAACGUCACCACUCUUAUCAUGGGGCUCUCUCAACCUACACUAAAUCCAAGCAGCAGUCUCAAACCCUCACCGUACAACACGCACAAUGCUAUCAAUGUCAACUCGAGUACGAGUGUCAAUGGUGGUGGUGUGUACAACCCGCUUACGAGACAGCGGAGUCCGGCGGAUGAGGCACGCACGUGGGCGCGCGGGCGGAGACCUGGUUCGUCUACGUUUAGCACUGCCUUCAGCACCCCCGCUCCUUCUGUCAACAAUGGGAACUCCAACGUCAACGCAAACGGGAGCGUAAGAGGUCAUUCACCACCAGGCAGCGUCCGCAGCACCAACUGGCGAAGUUCAAUGAGCAGCGCAAGCACGAGCACCUCUGCAUUCACGCGGUACAGCAAUUCAAGCGUGAGGAGCGUGUCGACGACUGCUACGAGUGUGAGUAGUGGCAGUGGCAGUUGGAGGAAUGGGGGGCAGGCUACAACACAGAUUCCGAAGAAUAUCAAGAUCAUGAAUGGUGUCCCUUGGGAACUCGACGAGCUUCCACGACAGCUCCAUAUUAAUCCCGUAGGCGAUAUCUUCGGACAGCCUCCCCAGCGGAAAGCGCGGACGAGGAAACCGAAGCUGGAUACGAUCAACGAGAAGCCUGCGCCGCUUAGGGAUGCUGCUACUAGUACAACUGAUUUGGGGGGUGGUGAGGAGGAGACGCCGAAAAAGGUGCAGAAGGGCCAGAUCCAUGCGCUGGCAAAGAUGCUCUCUGCUUUGAGGCUCUGA